UGGCGGUGGUCGUCUUCCGAUGUCUAACCAGACAAUGACAACGCAGGCCGACGUGAGGGACGACACCAGUUGUAGACCGCCGCUAUGUCAGUGAGUUGGUGUGGAGAACAUCACUCGUGGAGUGUCUAACAUGCGGACACACAACGAUGGAGCAGGUGGUGUUGGUGAUGCGGUAUACCGCGAUGACGACGACGAUGGAGACAUGAAGGACAUCGAAGCGGGGGAUGACGAUGGGGACGUCGAUAUUCGGGUGUUGGGAAAGAGGGCAGGGAGGGCAAAAGGGCGCGGGAGAGGCGGUGGUCGAGGUCGAUCCGGUGGUCGGGGCGGCAGAGGCGGCGCAUCCAAGGACGAUGACAAAUCGGCAACGUAUUGGAUAAUAGAGGAACAAAUGUUUCUUAUCAGAUGCAAGCGGGAGCAAGACAUGUACAUGGCUACGCUGGAUCACAAUUACGGCCGGAUGAGAACGAGGGAAUGGAAGUGGAAGGAGAUAGCAAAACGGCUGGCCGCGUUAAGGACGGUGAAAGACGCCGACGAUUGCUUCCGGAAGUGGGGCAAUCUCUUCAAGAACUACAAGAAGAUAGUGGGAUUUCAGGGAAAGAGUGGCGAGAACGAUUUAUUCAGGCCGCCGAACGAAGAACGAAAAUAGCACAAUUUCAAGUUCCAAAUGGACAGGACAUUGUAUAACGAGAUCCAUGCGAGCAUGUUGGGUAAUCACACUAUUUUUCCUCCUAACGUGGCUGACACUGGUUCUCCGGAAGGGGUGCAGUUGUCGACGCGAGGAGCGGGAGUUGGGGAGUCCGUAGGGAGCGAAGGUGACGGUGAUGGCUGCCCUGAUGAACGGUCGUCAGCCAAGGACUCAGAUCAGAACGCAAGCAGCGGGGGCACAGACAGAAAGUGGAACAACGCACGUCAGCAGACGUUUGAGGCAAUCGCUGAUGUUAUCGA